CCUGAUCGAAAGCACCAAUGUCGACAACUCCACUCACUUUCCUAACAGUGCUACUGCUAACGCUCGCCGCCUUCAACGGCGAAGCAGCCAACACAAACGGCGUCUACCAGCCCUGCGCCGACACCAAGGUCCAGAGGUCCGAUGGCUUCACUUUCGGCAUCGCUUUCUCUCCACGAGAAUCUUUCUACUUCAACCAAUCCCAUCAGCUCUCCCCCUGCGACACCCGCCUCUCGCUUGCGUCUUUAAACUCCCAGCUCGCCGUCUUUAGACCCAAAGUAGAUGAAAUCUCACUCCUCACUGUCAAUACCUCCAGUUUUUUCCCGGAUUCUUUUGGUGGGUACAUGGUGGCAUUUGCUGGUCGAAAAUAUGCUGCAAGGUCCAUUCCUGCUUUUGUUGCAAACAGCACAUAUACUGUAACCAGUUUUACUCUGGUUCUUGAAUUCAAGGAUGGAAGGCUUCAGAAUCUGUACUGGAAGAGAGAUGGAUGUGCUUCAUGCGCAGGCAAUUCCAAUUUUGUUUGCCUCAACAAUCAGGACUGUGCUAUCAGGACAUCAAACUGCCAAAACCGAGGCGGUUCUGUUGAUUGCAGCCUUGGGAUACAGCUAGCUUUUUCUGGGACAGACAAGCAUCUUGCUGUUCUCAAUUCUUGGUAUGAAGUGGAGAAUCUCCGUCAAUAUUCCCUUUAUGGCUUGUAUUCAAACCUCCGGGAUUCACUUACCAGUCAAUACAACAAAUUCUUUUAACCACUUAUCAGCCAACUGAGCAAGUUCUUUUAACUGCAUUUGCCAUGCUGAUAAUGGUGUAUGUUUCUUCCUUAGCAUUAGUGAUGCCAUAAUUUUGUAAUGUCUCCCACUUUUGUUAAUUUCUUUAGCCAUUGGCUUAUUGAACUAGUUACCAUAUGCAGUGGGUUCAUUCUGUCUAUCUAUAUUUAUGCUAUUUUAAGUUCAAUGAAGUAUGAUACUCCUU